CAGGAAUGCAAUCGUUCGCAAAUGCAGUCGUGAUCGAUCGAAGAACACGCGCCGUGAAAAACAACUUUGAGAAUGAAUGCCGUGAAAGCGAGAAAACGAAUUGUAUGAUAUCUUGUAAUUAUUUGAAGAGAUUAUUCUAUUUUUUUCCCCUUAAUCGCGUCGUGCGAUUGCUCGAAGAAGCUCGGCGUUAGCUCCGUCGAGAUGGUUGACGAGUCGACGAAGAAAACUUUGAGUAACAUUCCGUUGUUGCAAACAAAAGCUGGACCAAGAGACAAAGAUUUAUGGGUGCAAAGAUUGAAGGAAGAAUAUCAGGCUCUCAUCAAGUAUGUUAAAAAUAAUAAGGAAGCGGACAAUGACUGGUUUCGACUGGAAUCAAACAAGGAAGGCACUAAGUGGUUUGGCAAGUGCUGGUACAUUCAGAAUUUCCUGAAAUACGAAUUCGAAAUAGAAUUUGAUAUUCCCAUUACAUAUCCCACAACAGCACCUGAAAUUGCUUUACCAGAAUUAGAUGGUAAAACAGCAAAAAUGUACAGAGGUGGCAAGAUCUGCCUAACUGAUCAUUUCAAGCCACUGUGGGCUCGCAAUGUUCCCAAAUUUGGCAUUGCUCAUGCAAUGGCUCUUGGUUUGGGACCAUGGCUGGCAGUAGAGAUUCCAGAGCUUAUAGAAAAAGGAAUUGUAGUUCAUAAAGACGAUAAAGAAUCGUGAAUUGACAACGACAUGCAAGGACAGAAAUAACAAAAACUGUAACUGUUGAAUAAGUUAUUUUUUAUGCCUACCAUUUAAAAAAAAAGAAUUUAUACAAUUUAUAUAGAUUUUGUUAAGUUUGUAUAAAAGUAAACGUAAGACAGUUUAAAAUAUUUACAGACGUUGUAGAGUACAUGAUUACGAUCAAUCACGAAAAUUGGUAUCUGCUGAUACAAGAGAUCACGUAAAUGAAUUCCAGUAAUUGUAAUUAAAUUUUACAUUGUAAAUAAGUUUUAAGACGCUACACGUCUAAAAUCACUUUUAUUUUUAAAUCAUAAAUGUUUAAAAAUUUAUUAAUAUUCAUUAAAUAAUUCUACAAUGCGAAACUAAAUAUAUUUCUCUUUUGGUUCAUGGGUUUUAAAUUUCUUUUUAAUUCUACAAUGUCUUAUAUUUACUACUAAUAUACAUUGAAUAUUUACAUUCAACGCGCGAUCAAAUAAAAGUUAUUUAAUACAGG